GACAGGCCUAGGGCAUACCAGCGGGCCGUCGACGAUUCGGCGUAGCCAGCGUCUCUCCCCCUGGCGAACGCGAGCGAGGUUCACGCCGGGCAUGGAUGGAUAGAUGUACGAAUAUUCGUGUAGCCACAGACAAACGAGGAGGACAGGGGGGGCGCGGGCCGUACGUAUUAUUCUUCGUGUGCUAUGUCGCCUGGUAUCCAUCAGGCGCGUACGGUGUACCUACUAGUACGGUAGGGCAGGUAGGCAUGCUCCCGACGACGACGGCGACAGGCCUCCCUACCUACCUCCCUCCCCCGCUCCCUCCUGACCCGGGAGCGCCGGGCCGCAAACUAGACGGACCGAAGUGCGACUUCGGCACGGCAGGGCGCAUAGGUACGUCUAUCUCUGCCCGGGCCGAGGGGGGCAAGGGGCACGUGCUCUACGCUCUCGUCGCGCCGAGCCGCUUUGCCCCUCCCACCAGGCGUGCGCGAGGAUGGGGAAAACGCUCGGGUGUCUACGCUCCGCUGCAUGUCACACUACGCUCGGCUCCCGAAGCGCGCGAGGUGCACACGGUGCGCGUGCGCGCGUCUGUCUCUUGGCCUGCCUGCCUGCCUGCCUGCCUAGCCCCCCGUCCGUCCGCCGCACUCCUUGCCCCCCCCUGGCGGCGGACUGCGGUCCCGACUCUAUGUGUACAAGUGCGCGCGUCGCCUCGCGCGUCGGCUCUAGUCUUUCUUUCUCUCUGCGCCUCGAGCGCAGGUUCCCCCGGCUGCUGGUCUCCUUCUGCUCUGUCUUCUCCCACUCCUUCUCCCGGGGGCCUUCUCCUCGCCCUUCCUUCUCGCGCCAAAGCGGGCGCGGGUUGUUGCGGCGGUAAGUAGCGGGAGCGGCGGCGGCGCGUCCGCCCCCCCCCCCCCCAGCCGUCGCUCCCUGCCAGUACGUAGGUACGUAUUGCGCUCGCGCUCGCGCUACGUCGCGAAGGCGGGCAGCAGCUCCCAGCGCUUGUCCGACUUCCGGGGGGCGCCGGCGGCGGCGACGCGGCGGGCGACGCGGUCGAGCGUGGCCUUGACCUGGGCCUUGGUGCAGGCCGGCGCGAAGCGCUUCGCCAGCAUCUCCGCCACCGUGCCCUUGGUGAAGCCGCGGAACUCCUCGCUCACCACCGCCGCCCGGAACGCGUCGAACACCUCCCGCGGCACCACGUCCCGCGCGUCCGCCACCGGCCCCGAGCCCGCCGCCGCGUCGCCCACC